CGACGACGAUGACGGGUGUGUUUUCCUCCUUUUCCUGUCAGGCGGAGGCUCCUCCUCCCUCUUGAGUCCGCAGCCGCCGCGGGAGUGACUGCGCUUGUUGUCUGGGGUCCUGGAAGCGACGCUUGUCUGCGGCCUUCCUUCCUUUCUCUCUCUCCGCGUUGAGGCGACGAAGGAGCGCUCCCAGCCUUGAGAUUUUGAAAAGGAGGGUGUCAAGGAGUCUUUGUUGUAAAUCGCAGUGUAAACGCUGGACUGAACCAACCACCAGCCUAGAAGUGCAAGCAGACAGAUGUGGGUGAUUGACUCAUGGCCGCAGAUAACCCAAUUCAUUUAUCCUGUGUUAACUGUAACUUGGACACAUUCUUUAGACUUGGCAGAUCAUUUGUCUUUGGUGGAUGACUACAUAGGUCAGUCAAUCUUCCGGGACCCCCGCCCUGCUUUCAAGUUAAGGAAUCCUUUCACACAGACAGGAUGACUCAUCAAUGGGAUGGCUGUUCAGACAGCAGAAAGGUGCUUGUGUUAGACAGGAACUUCCACAUUCUCUGGAGGAGCAAGUCCCAUCCUAGCUGCAGUCUGCUCCCCCACCCUGUUGUUGUGUCCCUUGAAGAUGUUUACAACUUAGGACAACCCUAAGGUGAACGUAGCAUGGAGUUUCUUGGCAAGAUUUGUUCAGAGAGAUCUACUGUACUUGAAAACUUACAGAAAGCUUUGUAGCUUGUGUACAUCCCAACAGUAUUGUACCUGAAUAAUUUUACUCGCAAAAUGAAGAGGAUCAAGGAGGCAGUUAAAGCUGAAGAGUCAGUUCAUCAAGCACUGCAGAGAACAAAAAAACAGAAAACAGGUUUCUAUAAUUCGAUGUUUAACAUAUCAGAUCCUUUCCAUUCGAGGGACUGGGGAAACCUGCCGCACCAUGUUGUCUUGCACAUCUUUCAGUGCCUGCCUCUUGUUGAUCGUGCACGUGCCUCUUCAGUUUGUCGGAGAUGGAAUGAAGUGUUUCAUAUCCCCGAUCUUUGGAGAAAGUUUGAAUUUGAGCUUAAUCAGCCUGCUACAUCAUACUUAAAAUCUACUCACCCAGAUCUCAUCCAGCAGAUUAUUAAGAGGCAUGCUAAACAUUUGCAGUAUGUCAGUUUCAAGGUUGAUAGUAGUACUGAGUCCGCAGAAGCUGCAUGUGACAUCCUUUCACAGCUGGUGAAUUGUUCCAUCAAGACACUCGGAUUGAUUUCAACAGCAAAGCCAAGUUUCAUGAAUGUGGCCAAGGCUCAUUUUGUUUCGGCACUCACAGUAGUAUUUGUCAAUUCAAAGUCAUUAUCUUCCAUCAAGAUUGAAGAUACGCCUGUAGAUGAUCCAUCCUUGAAGGUCCUUGUUGCUAACAACAGUGAUACAUUAAAAUUGCUUAAAAUGAGCAGCUGUCCUCAUGUGUCACCUGCUGGAAUUCUUUGUGUUGCUGAUCAAUGUCAUGGCCUUAGAGAGCUUGCUCUUAAUUACUAUCUGCUAAGUGAUGAACUGUUGCUGGCACUUUCAAGUGAGAAGCAUGCUAAUCUUGAACAUCUACGUAUAGAUGUUGUCAGUGAGAAUCCUGGACAGAUUGAGUUUCACACCAUCAAAAAACAAAGCUGGGAUGCACUCAUUAAACACUCCCCCAAAGUCAAUAUUGUGAUGUAUUUCUUCCUGUAUGAGGAAGAAUUUGAUGCUUUUUUCAGGGAGGAAACACCAGUAACUCAUCUGUACUUUGGCCGUGCAGUAAGCAAAGCAAUGCUUGGUCGUAUUGGAAUGAAUUGUCCAAGACUGAUUGAAUUGGUUGUCUGUGCCAAUGGUCUGCAGCCCUUGGAUGAUGAACUCAUUCGCAUUGCUGAACGCUGUAAGAAUUUAACUGCCAUGGGACUUGGUGAAUGUGAGGUUACAUGCCGAGGCUUCAUUGAGUUUGUAAAAAUGUGUGGAGGCAGGCUCACUCAGCUAUCCAUUAUGGAAGAAGUACUUAUUCCAGACAAUGACUACAAUCUGGAUCAAAUUCAUUCAGAAGUUUCUAAGCUUCUUGGAAGAAUGUGGUUCCCUGAUAUGAUGCCAACAUGGUAAACUAUAGAACAAAUGGCUGUAGUUUUCAAAACUUGCUGUACAGUGUGGCUUUCUAUGCAAAUAAGGAAACUUAAAUAUAAAACAAUAUUGUAUUGUUUUCCUUCUUAAUUCAUUGCAUAGUGGUAGUGCUGUGCCACUUUAAAAAUGGAAUACAGCAUAUACUAAAUACAUAUUGAAAGUGUGUUUGUUAGAUAUAUUUGCUUAGUUUAUUCUCCAGUUAAUUGGAGGGAUUCAAUUUGAUUUACGUUUAAUUGUUAAGCUCUCAGUUUAGUACAAAGUACUACAGUGCUAGUAUUUCUGACAUGGCUAAACAGUUUAGCCUUUGGGGGGUUUUUGAACUUCCAUUUAAAGUGUUGUUUCUCCUGUUCUUUUAAUAAAAAGUAAUGGUGAUGUAAAAA